AUGCAGCAGCGAGGGCGUGGCAUACGGGCUCGAGGUGGACGCAACAGGGCAGGAUAUUCAGGACGCUCGCGAGGCUUUGCGAAUAAAAGCUGGAGAAAGCCGCAAGCCCAAGAAACCCCUGCUCUGCCGCUUGGAUCUAGGCUGGCCGAUGUGCAUGAGAGCGAUCUGGCCGAUGUUAGUACCGUCGACGAGAAGUCCGCAAAAAUAUCUGACUGCAAGGAGAUCGCGUCAUUCAACUGGUUGAAUGAGAAAGAGCCGACCAUACUGAUACCAGGAAAUCCACCCGCUUGGACGCCAUUACUGCAUCCCAGCAAGUUGAAAGAGGAUGAUGGGGAAUACUUUCGUGACCAGAACGCUGCGCGUUAUCCUUCUUACCCGAUGCAGCCGGCUAUCGAGGCGAUAUUGAGACAGAAUCCCCAUUUUCCUACCGAGAAUAUCGACAUCGUUGGUUGCGGUAGUACAGUUGGAAACCUCUUACGUUUUGUUCGAGGCGUCGACCGUGAAUUCAGAAUGCUGGUUGAGGUAGUUGGGUCGACGGUCUUCUUUAUCCGAAGAGAGAACUCCUCGAGGGAAGUUAUUCAAAAUGUUUACGGGUAUGGACAUAGCUUUCCAGAAACAUACACAACAUGGGCAUCUGGUGUCAAGGGGUCUGAGUCGCAUCAACGGUUGAUAAAGUAUACUUUGGGGGAUCUGAAGUGUGUCGUACGGUUCGAAGCAGACGGGUACUUUCCGGAGCUCGCGCAGGAGCAGUCUAAGGACAUACGACAAAGUGCGAAGAUUGACCGAGAAACUGAUACCGACCAGGAAUUGGCUACUAUUUUCGGAGAUACAAUCUUGGGCAGACGCGAUCCCGACUCAGCCAUAGGGAAUGAAUCCAUUACGGUUCGAAGUGCCGGAGACCAUGUGCCGCAGGCUGCCAUAUUUGAUCUAAAGACCAGAUCAAUUCGGAAGAAGGAUAAUGAUAUCCUCGGAGAAGAGUUGCCUCGUCUGUGGGUAUCGCAGAUCCCUAACUUUCUGCUUGCGUUUCACAAGGCCGGGGUGUUUGACAUGGAGGAGAUGCAAAUUCUCAAUGUCCGAGAGAAACUAGCUCAAUGGGAGGAAGAUGAAAGGGAUAACUUGCGCAAACUAGUCCUCCUGUUAAAGUUGCUAGUCGACUUUGCCCGUGACCGGCCAAGUGGUCGAUUUGAGCUGGUUCACGAGGAGGGAAAAAGGGUACUCGAAUUGCGAGAGGUCUGUGACGAUGUGCCCAAAGCUUUGCCGACUACUCUAAGCGAAAGAUGGACAAAAGAGGGCCUGGAUACCAGUGAAAAUCAUCAGCUGUCGUCUCCAAGAACGGAAGAUCAGAAUGAGUAUGCGGAUUUGGAUUGGGACAACGGAUCUGAGAAGGACUAUACGGCCUGUGGUUCUAAAUGUGGAUAUUGUGGUUUUUGUACACACUGA